AUGAAGUGGCAGUCUCUCCUUCUUCUAGGCGCUCUUGCCAGCCCGUCAAUUGCUGGAACCGACACAAUUGAUUGCGAUAUCGAUGCAGACAAGUGUGAUGUUGGCGACGCUGUGGCCGGGGAGAAGUAUCUUCGGGGCCUUUCUGGGCAACCCGUUGCUAGGGCUGGGAAGUGCAACCGUGUCAGCUGUUCCUGGGGCGCAGGUAUCUAUGUCUGCUCCAAUGAUAACAAGGACCACACACUCAACAGCUGGGAAACUGUGGCAGAUGUGACUGCAAAGGUCUUGGGCCGCUGUCUCGAUGCCACACGGGUAAAGGGACGUCUCUCAAGCUCUGACGGUUGGGGCGUUAUCGUCCAGAAGGCAUCUUGCUAG